GUUUUACGUGCUUUCUAGAAGUGUAAAGUAAACAUGUCGAAGCCUACGCCCGCUCAACAGCAACUGGAAUUAUGGUAUAGCAAAAAUAAGAAGAAACAUCCCGAUAGCGAUGAACAUAGCACAGACGCAUCGGGUGUGCCCUUGGUGUAUAAGGAUACGAGUAUCACCGUGGGAAAAUAUGGCCCUAUUGUGCUUACGGACUGGAAUCUAAUAGAACAGCUCGCGUCAUUUAAUAGAGAACGUAUUUCUGAGAGAAUUGUCCACGCCAAAGGCGCCGGAGCUUUUGGUUAUUUUGAAGUCACCGACGAUAUCACCGACCUCACCAUAUCCAAGGUUUUUGAACGGGUUGGAAAAAAAACUCCCAUUGCCGUUAGGUUUUCACAGGUGGCUGGAAACUUGGGAUCCGCAGAUACUGUCAGAGACCCAAGAGGUUUUGCUAUUAAGUUUUACACCGAGGAAGGUAUUUGGGACUUGGUUGGUAAUAACACUCCAAUUUUCUUUAUGAGAGAUCCGAUUAAUUUUCCAAUGUUCAUCCACUCGCAGAAAAGAAACCCAGUGACCAACACCAGAGACUGGAACAUGUUCUGGGACUACAUGUCUCUGAGCCCGGAAUCGAUACAUCAAUUUAUGAUACUGUUUUCUGAUAGAGGCAUUCCGGAUGGACACAGGCACAUGAACGGCUAUGGAUCGCACACGUUUUCGUUAAUUGGACCAGACAGAAAACUGACCUGGGUCAAGUUCAUCUACAGAACUGAUCAAGGUAUAAAAAACUUGGAUCCUGACAAGGCAGACAAACUGGCAGGCACUGAUCCAGACUAUGCUCUUGAGGAUUUAUACAACGCAAUUUCCCGGGGUCAGUUUCCAUCCUGGACGUUCUACAUUCAGACAAUGACACCGGAACAAGCUAAAAAACUGGACUUUAAUCCGUUCGAUAUCACGAAAGUUUGGCCUCAGAAACAAUUCCCUUUAAAAAGAGUUGGGAAAUUUGUGCUUAACAGAAAUCCGACCAAUUAUUUCGCAGAAGUUGAGCAGAUAGCUUUCCAACCCAGCAACCUCACGCCAGGCAUUGGAGCUUCUGCCGAUCGUCUUCUUCAGGGACGUCUUUUCUCAUACCCGGACGCUCAUCGUUAUCGUCUGGGCAUCAACUACAACGAAAUACCUGUAAACUGUCCAUUCCGAGUUAGGAACUUUCAACGCGAUGGGCACAUGGCUAUUAAUAACCAAGGUGGGGCACCAAACUACCACCCCAACAGCUUCGGAGGGCCCGAAGUAAGCAAAAAUGCCGAAAAGGGAGUUUCUAAGCCGUCAACGGUGUCCGGGGAGGAGUACUGGUUCAAUUUGGGAAAAGAAGAUAACUACACUCAACCCAGAUGCAUGUACUUAAACGUUUUAAAUGCAGGUGCGAAGGAUAGACUGGCUAAAAAUAUCGCAAGCGCAUUGGUUAAAGUCACCGUGGAAGAUAUUAAGAAUAGAGUCAUCACCGAGUUCGGCAAGGUUCAUACGGAUUUGGCACAGAGCAUUAAAUCUCACUUACAGAAUCUAACCAUUUAGAGUAAAUAAAUGUAAACAAUAAAUAUUUUAAGCAGCAU